UCGAGGACGUGUGUUGUUGGAGGCUCCUACAGUAGAAGAGGGAACAAUGGAGGCUUUCGGAGACCGUCUGAAGCUGAUGGUGAAAACCUUCAGGAGAGAGUCCCACAGGGUUUUACACUCUGAGAGGACAACCAUCCAUGGAGCUGAUGGCAUGCUUACAGUGCUUCAGCUGGCCAUGGCAGAAGUGAAUAAACAGCAUGGUGGAGAGUUCAAAGUGGCUCUGAGUGAUGUCCUGAUGGCCUGGAAACACUUACUGUUAGGCAAACUUCACCUGCCACCCCCAAACUUUGCACGCUUGGAGAACUAUGAUCUCAUCCUGGAGACAUAUGAAUCCUUCCUGAAACGCUCCAACACCGUGGACCUGGUUGAUAUCCUCUCCAUGUACAAACAGCUGAGACUGGUGGACUCCGGUCCAGAGGAGCCUGUGAGCCCGAUCGAGUUGUUUGAGUUCCUGUCAGGCAACAUGGACUCAGAGUUGCCAGAGCCCUCAGUCCCGUCAACACCCUCUAGUACAGACAGGCCCUGCAGCUCACAGGUGAAAACGGCAGUGAGAAGGGUUUUCUUCUCCUAUCUGAACUUGCUCGUGAACACCAAGAACGACAUGGCCUUGGCACUAACCCUCGACGUCCCCAGUCGCACACUUGGACGACAGGCAUUUACCGACAUCAAGCAUGCUGCACACAACAGCAACACGUCUCUCUUCUUGGCUGUGACAUCUUUUGUGAGGGCCAUCCAGCUCGGAGGAAAGGGCUACGCUCCAGCUGAGUCUGACCCACUGAGGAAACAUGUCAAAGGCCUGUCUGACUUUGUCCAGUUUCUAGACAACCUGGAAGAAAUACUGGGGGAGAUUCCUGACCCAAGUGUAUGUGGAGCCAGGCUGGUGACCGCCAUCAGGGCCGCGCUGGUGAAGGGACGCAGCAGUGGAGACGCCUUGUAUGCUGCAGCUGAAGAGACAACAGAGGAGCUGAAGGAGAGGAUCUGUCAGAUCCACCAGAUCCAGAAACAGACUGCUAAUGAAAGCGGGACAGGGAUAAGCCCUGCAAGGCCGAAAGCUUACGCAGUGAAUCACGCCACUGCGUACGGAGGUCGGGACACUGUGAAGGUGCUGAUGGCACUGCUGGACGAAGAAGCCCUGGCUCCUCCGUGUCAGAACAAGGCAGACCUGCUGUCUGAGGAGCAGCCCGUCCUCAGUGGAGCUGAGGGAACAUGUGUCCUCACGUUGUUCAGAUCCCCUGAAGUGUCUACUGGAUGUUCUCCAGAACCCCUAAGGAACCGAGUCCAGAGCCGGCUAGACCUGCUCAAACCCAAGGCCACAGACAGAGUCAUCCGAUCCCAGUUUGCCUGCACAUACAAAGAUGAUGAUGAGCUGCCACUCAACCGUGUGCUGGAGUUCCCCAGCACCAGCCAGGUCCCGACCUGUGUGCACCCAGCACCUAAACUCAAAACCACCCCUGCAGUGGAUGAGGAGAGCAGCUCUAGUGUGGAGGCCACAGUCUUUCCAGCCAAGGUUACCUCUGAAUGUCCAAAUAAGGAGCAGAGUGGCACACAGCAGGGGACUGCUCUCGAGCCAAGAAGUGGAAAUACCCAAAUCAAGGGUGCAGGCCCUGGCAACAGAAAGAAAACUGGCAUUCAGGUGCAGAGCAAGGGCAACAAAAGGAAGCAGGUGGAUUCUGACCAACAUGGAGGACCAGAGAAUCAGCCUCCAGAGAAGAAACGGCCCACAAGCAUCAAAGUACCUGGUAAGACUGUCAACAAGGCCACGAGUAAGAAGAAGCUGAUAGCUGGACAAGGAAAGCUAACCAGCUUCUUCAGAGUUUAAUCAUCAUUUGCACUAAUGUCAUGACAGUAUAUGGACUUUCUGUCAAAUGGGGAUCAUCCAAAGUGAAUGAGUGUUUUUCAGUUGUUUUCUCCGACUGAUAAUAAUCGUUAAUGCUGCUAAUUAUUGUUUUUGGUCUUAUUUAAUCUGUAGAUUUUUUUUUUUUAAUUAAUCAACUAAAGGAAAUGUUUGACAUUUUGGGAAAUAUGAUUAUUUUCCUCAUCUAACUGUUCCUUUAUUCUUUAAGUCUAUAUAACGCUCCAUUAAUCUUUAAAUCAAAUGUUUGGAAAAUUACUUAAAUGAUUCACCGACUAUGAAACUUUUUUAUUUUUCAUUUUGACUAAACAUUU